UAGCUUUUGUACUAUUUUAAGUUUCUAAAAGUUUCUAGUUAUAUGUUUGGCAUGACAAAAUUGCAAGAGCUUUUCAAGAAAUAAAAGAUCUUUUUUGAGCAUCUGAUAAAAGUCCGUGACUUUUAGUAUCAAUUAGUCUUAAUAGCUGCUAUGCCAAACCGAACUAAAUUUAACAAUCAACUUUUUACCAAACAGCUACCACAUUUUUCUUUUAAGAUCUUUUCAGUCACUAAAACCUAACAGUUACUAAAAAGCUUUCAAAAGUUGCCAAAGUUGACUGACACGAAGAAUAAUAAAGUAAAAACUGUGUGGUUGAGGUUUGUGCAGAGGAGAGAGAAAUAAUAGAAAACACAAAAUAGUUGAUUUAAAGGGAAAGUGACAAUGUUUUUUGGGGCGUCCCAAAAAGAAAAGAUGACAAAGUUUUAAGGGACGGAGGGAGUAUUAGAAAUUAUUUAUAUACUUCGUAUUAUAUUUGUAUAAUAUAUUGAUUUUAUAUUAAAACUAAUUGUUUCGGAUUUUUAUCAGUCCGGGCCGAGUUAUAAAUUUCAAAGCCCACUUAUGAGCUCGACUUUUCGAGUUCGGUCCGAGUUUUUUUAUUUAGGCCGAUUAAAUAGAAAAAACCCAGACCAAGAAUAUCAUUCGAGUUCGGUCCGAGUUUUUUUAUUUAGGCCGAUUAAAUAUAAAUUAUCUAUUCUAUUUUUCGCACCCCUAAAAAAAGGCCACAGCCUCCUCUAAGACAUCUUUCUCCCCAAACCAAAACCCUACAGGCCGCGAAAGGCCGUAAUCAUGGAUAUCGGCAUUGUGGAAAUCGAAGGGUCCUAUGAUCUCUUUACCGUCUAUUUCUACCGAAGCUCUAUCGAAACCCUAGUGACAUGUGAACCUAGCAAGAUCGUCGGCUGGAUCGACGACAUCGAGCGCAUCCACCGUGGCCGUCUCCACCGUCUCAUCGUCGGUCUGGACGUAGAGUGGCGGCCGAGUUUCUCGCGUGACCAGAACCCAGUAGCGACGCUCCAACUCGCCGUCGGAGACCGCUGCCUCAUCGUCCAACUUCUCUACUGCAGCGCCAUUCCCGUCGAGCUCUUCAGAUUCCUCGCCAACGCAUCCUACACCUUCGUCGGCGUCGGAAUCGGAGCAGACUUGGAGAAACUGGUGGAAGACUACAAUCUGGCGGUUACCAACGGGGUGGAGUUGCGGAACCUAGCGGCGGAUGAGGCUAACGAUAGGUCACUCAGAAAUGUCGGGCUGAAGGAUCUGGCGAGGAGAUAUUUGGGGGCGGAGAUGGUGAAGCCGAGAAGAGUGACGAUGGGAAGGUGGGAUCAGGAGUGGCUAUCCACAGAGCAGAUCCGGUAUGCCUGCGUUGAUGCCUUUGUUUGUUUCGAGGUUGGCAGGAUCUUGGAUGCUUCUGUCCAUGGGAGUAAUGGGCCUUCUCGGGCAUAUAUUAGGGUAUAAUUUCUUUUUCCGGCCCAAUGGGAAAGUUUGAAUGUGCUUAACUGCAUGUGGAGUACUAUGUGCAGGUUUCUGAUAAAACCUCUCUUUCGCAAUCCUGAUUAUCAAGCUAUAUUGCAAUGUAUGCAUUUAAAUAUUAAUGCAAACUUAUGCCUUUAUAACUAUAUUGAUGUUGGGUCAUUUUAGUUGUAUAAAACUAUAAACUGUAAAGUAGUCUCUCUUUCCUAGUUUAUAGUUUAUAAAACUAUAAACUGUAAAGUAGUCUCUCUUUCUUUUUCCUAGUUUAAUUUGUGAAUCUCAAAUUAAAGAUUCACAUUUCUAUUUUGGGAAAUAAUAUUAUCAAUGAACUUAUCAUUUAUAUAUCCAUCAAAAUUAUUUAUCAUGAU